AUGGGCAUUCACGUACUUUUGGCAUCGACGGCUCUGAAAACCGUGAGCGUCACUGGUCUUUGGCUAAUACCACUAUUAUUGGGAGCAUUUACCUACCACAACUAUAAUUCAUACGAUCCGGAAGCCAAGGUUCACGAUAAGGAACCGAGGAUAGAAUAUGAUUUUAUAGUAGUAGGCGGAGGUUCCGCUGGCGCGGUGGUGGCAAAUCGAUUAACAGAAGUUAAGGACUGGAAUCUAUUGUUACUGGAAAGUGGACCAGAUGAAAACGAGAUCACCGACGUCCCUUCGUUAGCGGGCUACUUACAACUAACGAAGUUGGACUGGCAAUACAAGACGGAGCCUACAUCAUACGCUUGUUUAGGUUUUAAGAAACGUAGAUGUAGUUGGCCGCGGGGCAAGGUACUUGGAGGAUCCAGUGUCCUCAACUACAUGAUUUACGUAAGAGGAAAUCGAUAUGAUUUUGAUCAGUGGGAAUCAUUCGGAAAUCCUGGCUGGGCCUAUCGAGAUGUACUUAAAUAUUUCAUCAAAUCCGAAGACAAUAGGAACCCUUACUUAGCUAACAAUAAAUAUCAUGGUCGUGGAGGCUAUCUGACUGUACAAGAAGCACCAUGGAGAACUCCAUUAGUUGCCGCGUUCGUUGAGUCAGGAGUGGAGAUUGGAUAUGAAAAUAGGGAUAUCAAUGGGGAAUACCAGACUGGGUUUAUGAUCGCUCAAGGUACAAUAAGACGAGGAUCACGCUGCAGUACAGCUAAAGCUUUCUUAAGACCUGUGAGGACCCGCAGGAACCUUGACAUAUCUCUUAACUCACAAGCUACAAGAGUUCUAAUUAAUCCAAUAACAAUGAAAGCUUACGGAGUGGAAUAUGUAAAGCAUGGUGUUAAAAGAGUUGUAUAUGCCAGAAAAGAAGUUAUAUUGUCUGCUGGAGCAAUAAAUAGUCCACAACUGCUAAUGUUAUCUGGCAUAGGGCCUAAAGACCACUUAAGGAAUGUCGGUAUCAAAGUUUUAAAAGAUUUGCCUGUAGGAGAAAACUUACAAGACCACGUAGGGGUCGGAGGCUUGACGUUUCUAGUCGAUAAACCAGUAGCAAUUGUUCAAAAUCGCUUUCAAGCAUUCCCUGUCACUAUGAAUUAUGUAGUUAAUGAAAGGGGACCGAUGACAACAUUGGGAGGGUUAGAAGGGAUAGCCUUUGUAAAUACUAAAUAUGCUAAUAGCACGGGUCUAUGGCCAGAUAUACAAUUCCAUAUGGCACCUGCCUCGUUUUCUUCGGACAACGGUCAAAUUGUAAGAAAAAUUUUAGGUCUUACCGAUGAAGUAUAUGACACAGUAUACCGACCGAUAGCUAAUAAAGAUGCCUGGACUAUCAUGCCCCUUUUAUUACGCCCAAACACUCGGGGUUACGUAAGAUUAAGAAGUUCUAAUCCAUUCGACUAUCCGAUAAUGAAUCCACGAUACCACGAAGAUCGUUUGGAUGUAAACAGACUUAUCGAAGGUAUAAAAAUAGCACUUCAGGUUGCCAAUGCCUCUCCGUUCAAACAGUUCGGAUCAAAGCUAUAUAUGAAACCAUUGCCGAAUUGCAAACAAUAUAAAUUUAUGUCAGACGAAUAUAUCGAAUGCCAAGUGCGAACAAUAAGUAUGACAAUUUACCAUCAGUGUGGAACUACGAAAAUGGGUCCAUCUUGGGACCCAGGGGCUGUCGUCGAUCCAAGACUUCGUGUACAUGGUAUAGAAGGGCUAAGAGUUAUAGACGCCAGUAUAAUGCCGACUAUAGUCAGCGGUAACACAAAUGCUGCUGUCAUUAUGAUUGGAGAGAAGGGCUCAGACAUGAUAAAGGAAGAUUGGUCGAAACAAAAGAGAUGACAGCAGUGGAAAACAUAAGGCACUGUAAAUAUUUGUAUAUUAUUGAAAUAACUAUAAUUAUGUUAGUUACCAUACAUUGAACCAAAUUUCUUAGAAAUAGGAAUAUGAAUGUAUUGAUAAGAUUUUUACUUAAAUAUUGUUAAUUAAUUGUAACUUAAUAAUUGACAAGUUCUAGUUUUCGCAUAAGAUUUUUUUUUUUUUGUUAUUAUUUUAACUAUUUCGUUUAGUGCCAUAUGUAUAAUUCUAUAAUACUAUUGUUUUCGAAUAAAAACCUAAAAUAUUUUA